AUGGGCAAUCGAUUCAGUUGGCGCCGCAAGAAGAAGGUCAAGGUCGAAGCGCCUGCGCCAACGGACGUCCCCGCAGAGCCUGAGGUCCCGCCGCCAGAAGUUGUGCUUCCGGAAGACGAUGGCUCGUCGUUCUGGUCGUCGGCCUUUGGUUUCAAAUCUGGUGAGGCCAAAGCUGCGAUCCCGCCUCUCGACGUGUCAAAUGUGCGGCGAGGCAACCCGAACGAAGUCUCGACCGACGAAUUACACGACGUCCUUCAAGUGAGCUUGGAGCUCGAGCAGCGACUCUUGGCGCAGGACGCGUGCGAGAACAAGGCGCACGUGCACUUCAACCUGGGCUUGACGUACAUGGCUCUAGCGCGGCGCACCAACGCAUGCGAGCAGUUUCGAUGCGCGGUGGUCGAGGACCCGACGUACGGCCGGGCUUACACGCAUCUCGCCCACACGCUCUUGCAGGAUGGUGCUCCAUCUGCUGCGACGCUUGAAGCUGUCGUCAACUACCUCGAGCUCGCGAUCGUCCACGACAAUACCGAGGUGCGCGAGAACCAGAUCCUGCUCGCCGAAGUGCACCACCUCCAAGGCGACUUCGCCAAUGCACUGCGCGUGUACAGCACGAUUGAUCGCAUUGACGACGAGUGGCAGAACACGUUGCAUCGCGCUGCCUGCCACUGGGCGUCCCGCGAAUUCGCAGAGAGCAUGGCGCUGCUGACCACGCUCGCCUCGUGUGCCUAUACGACGGGCGAUGUUCCGAACAAGCGGGUUGUGCUGGCCGACGUCCAUGGCUUGCUCCUGCGCCCAUCGAUCGUCGCGGCCAGCUAA